GACAACAAUAUUUAGCCUUUUUGUGGUGAUCAUAUUGUCAUCAACGCAAUUGGACGAUUCGUAGGACGAGAUCAUGCAGAUUUGCUGAUAACAGACAUGCUUUUCAUUGAACUUGUAAUAAUUUGCUGUUUUGCUGCAGCACCGAGGAAUUUCAGACUCCUGGAAGAGCUGGAAAGGAGUGAAAAGGGUUUGGCGAUGGAACUGUUAGCUAUGGAAUGGACGAUGCUGAUGAUAUAUUGAUGUAGUCUUGGACUGGAACCAUUAUCGGUCCUCCUAAUGUUUGUAUAUUUUUUGUGCAGUAACUGUUAGAUGGGUUUCUUUAUGGGUUUAUCUUGCGGUGGUACAACUGCCCUUCCGUUUUCUUCUGCUUGACAGACUGUUCAUGUGGGGGGGGGGGGGGGGGGGGAUCGACUAGUUGAAGUUGUUUUAUGGCACGGAAUAUCCAGAUUACCCACCCAGCGUAAAGUGCCAAACCCAGUUAAACAUGGCUUGUGUCAAUCCUGAAACUUGCAUUGUUGAACCACGACUUUUCCCAAUGCUUGCUAAUUGGAAUAUAGACUACACAAUGGAGGAGAUACUAGUGCAGUUGAAGAAGGAAAUGAUGUCACCACAGAACAGAAAACUCGCUCAGCCUUCGGAAGGGAACGAGGAUGGAAGGGUGGACCAUAAGGGACUGGUAUUGAAAUGUUGUAUUCUGUGA